CUUUACCAAACAGAAAACCUGUUAAGUUCCGACUUAGCAGAAGUCAUCUUUAAUGUUGGAAGAAGCAAGAAAAAGAGAGAAACUACGAUAAAUUAUUCCAGUUGAAGGUUGGUUAGCAAAGCCCUUCCCCCCCACUUCACCACGACCAAGUUGAAAACAUCACCACACCACAACCAACCCGAAUUCCUGUCACAACCAAUCAAUACUGAAAACUAAACCAAACUAGUCCCCACUUCAAGAAAACAAAAAAAAAAAAGAAGAAAAAACACAGAACACAAACCAAAACAACCAGGUACCAAGACAAGACGAAACGAGACGAGAGGAGACAAAACAAAAUGUGGUGGUUCGCAGAAAGACAUAUAGUGCUUUUCUUAUCAACCAUUCUUUGCAGUUCUUUGGUGUGGGGUGUACAGAAUUUCACCAGGGCACAAGACUGCCCUUCACUUUUGGAAGGAAUCCCAGAUCAAAAGCUUAUAACAGGGAAACUAUUUGUCUACAGGAUUCCUGAGACUGUCUUGAAGUGCAAGAAGAACUGUUCAAUAGAAGUAACUGCAGCAUCUCAAAAUCAAACUCUGCCGCAGUGGAUUACCUAUGAAGAAAUCACACGCAGGUUGAUAGCCGUACCCACAAUGCAUGAUGGAUUUGGUUUGUAUAUUAAAAUAACUUUAUCAGACCAAACGAAGAAGUGUCAGAUUAUUUCUGAUAUUUUUUACCUUGAGGUAAAGCCAUAUUAUAUGAGCUAUGAACAUCGUAAUAGGCAUAAACCAGAGAAAACCUGUUACAAAGGUAUUAAUCUUAUUCAGACAACUUUAAUCUUUGCCGUUAAUUUGUAUAAGCUGGAUGCGUUGGCCAGGUAUAAUAUUAUGAAAAACCUUGCCGAUUUCCUUGACAUCAAUGAGACAUUGAUAACAAUUACGGCAAGCAAAGAACUCUUUUCAAUGCAAGACAAAUCACAGAGUUUCAGCAUCUUGGCAUCUGGGCGUGGCAACACAGAUGCUGUGCUUCCAAAUGUGACAGAAUUAACAUGGAGGGUACCAUGUGGCGUGUUUAAAGAGGUGAGUCUUUACAUGCAGGUGUUGCAACACAACGUUGAAGGUGGGCGACUGACGAGGGAGGUUGGUUACGAUGUCGUCGGAUGGUAUAUAUCGGCAUUGGUGAACCCUUCCAAACAACAUCGGUCGCGCAAAAAACGUGCAAUACCGAAAAACUCGACGCCGACGCCAACUCCUCAAAUAGAGGUGGUUCCUGCGACUAAGAUUGUCAAAUCUUCGUCGUCACUGUACUCUGCUUCUCUUAAAACCGAGUUACUGAAAAGCUCGCAGAAAUUAGAAUCGAAAGAUCAUAUGACGGACAAAAUUAUUCCAACCAAAGAAUCAAGUCUUGUAUUUGUAUCUUCAAGAGAAUCAGUUAUUGAAGUGGAACCAACAAAAAGUUUCACAGCGCCGGCCCAUUCGGAAAGUCUGUUUGAGAAACUGAAAACUGUGUCUGCAGAUAAAUUGCAUCCGACACCUUCAGUCAUAUAUUCGGAAUACAUACCUAAAAGAACUGUCCAGCCUGAUCGACAUACCACCAAUGUAAAGUGGCAUGAAAGCAGCAGGUAUCACACAGGUGUCUAUGAAAUCUCUGGAUCAGGAGAUGUGUCACGCUUCAGUGAAUUUACCACAGAAGAACCCAUAACGCCACCAACCAGUUUGGGAAAAGACAUUACUAAACCACCUAUGACUCCCUUAAUUGCUGCCACACCAACACUAGCUACGGACACUGAUGGAGAUGAAGAUUCUGGAACAGAUCUGGAUUAUUAUGGUUCAGGGUCUGGGUCUGGAUCUGGUGAUGAAGAAAUUGAUGAAGAUGAAGAUACUACAUCAGAAAUAACACUGAAGCCAUCAGAGAGCAGCAUCAUUGGAGGAUCCACACCAGUUGUGAAGACCCUGUAUGUUGACCAGACGGACACGAACACGUUUUAUUUCGAAGAGAGUGAAAUUACAAUACGGAACAUUCCGCAAAGUACGACAUAUGAGGAAACGGUAACGCCAACCUUGAGUACUGUGUCUCCAGUCAUUUGGCCGAGUGGAAUGGUCCCCAUUGACUUAUUGACAUCAAUUGAAUUACCGCUUGUUACCAUGUCUUCAUCACAUAAACCAUCACAGAGUUCCAGAGAUUCUUCUUCUUCAGUACCAGUAAGACCAUCACCAACACAUAUUUUGAGUGGUCAUUCUUAUAUAGAUUCACAGAUUGGUGGUCAUUCUUCAGUAUCUCUUCAGCCAUCGGGUAGCAAAAGUGGUCAUUCUGAAGUGGACUCACGAAUUGAUGGUCGAUCCUCUUCCGUACAUGUGGAACCAUCCCAGAGUAGAAGUGGCCACUCUUAUGUUGAUAUUAAGCCAGUUCAUAGCAGUGGUCAGUCGCAUAUAAUACAUCAACCAUCUCUUAAAGUCAACGAGACAUCCAUUGGUCUUAAGCCAUCACAUAUCAGUAACCAUUCUUCUCUGUAUAGUCAACCAUUCCCGACACUUGAUGGUUCCAGUUCUACAGUGUUUAAGCCAUUUAGCAGCGUUGAUCAGUCUUCUGUCCACUUGAAAUUCCCAGUCAGCAGUGUAAUACAUUCUCAUAUCAGUCAAUCUCAAUCAUAUAAAAUCAAUAAAUCAAGGAGUCAAAUUCCUUCUUCAUCUUCUUUCCAUCCGUCUACUGGACACGAAUCAUCCGAAAGGCACGAACACUCGUCUGUACCUCUUAAACAUUCGGUUGAUCAGUCGUACCAUAGAUCAGAUCAUCCUAUGAGCAUUAAACCAUCACUCAGCAUGACUUAUUCGUCUUUACAUGUUAGACCAUCACACGGCAGAGUUGAAACGUCAUCAGAAAUUAAGCCAUCGACCAAAUCAGUUGAUCUUUUAUCGACAGGAGUUAAGCCAUCACAUAAAAGAGUCGAUCGGUCAUCAGAACAAAUUAGACCAACAUCAUCAUCCAGUUUCUACCCCAAACCAUCACGUACUCACACAUUUGAUCAUAUGUACACAGACCUCAGGCCGUCUUCACAUAGAAGUGAUUAUUCGACUUUAAUGCCUGGUUCGUCUGAAAGUCGUUUGCCAAUUGCAAGCAGAGACAUCAGCAGUCAUAGGCAGAACUUAACAUCGAUGCUGCAUAGAUUAUCAUCUCAACGGCAAGACAUGAUCUCUUCUUCCUCUCCCAUCCUGCUGCCGUCUCGCAGCAGCGAACGGCACCAGCCUUCAUCCUCAUCAAUGACUCACCACGUAUUGAAAACGAAAGAUGUAGAUUCAGUCCUUGAAUCGACACGACUCUAUUCAACACCGGUAGUAGUGUUUCCGACAACAGCAGGAGUCGGAAAAAGCAAAGACUAUGACUUUACCGCCGUUCCUGAACGACCCAAACCUUCUUCUACCAGCUGUGUUUCAGGGUAUGGAUGUAAAACACGAGAAUCAGCGACGAGAACCUCUUCUCAGUUCCCAGUCGAGCACACAAAGACUGUUGAUUCAUAUACCACAACAGAAAAAACUGAUUCUAAUUGGGUUCCAACCGAAGAUUAUUUUGUAACCAAACAGAUUCCAAAAUGGUAUACACAGGAAUUUACUCCUGAAAUGACAACAGCAAGGACCCGUAAAACAACAAAGAAGAAGCAACGUAAACCAGGACAGGAAUAUGACAAAAAACCGAAACACACAAAUAUGGCUCCAGAUGUCAUCAAUCCAAUUGGCAAAAUCUAUGCUUUUGCUGGGAAAAAUUUUGAAUUCAAGAUACCAGAAAAUACUUUCAACGAUCUUGAAGAUGGGUCCACAAAGGAUUUAACUCUGGACAUUGCUUUCAGAUGGGAUUCAUACAAACCUCCGACUUAUUCUCAAUCUUGGGUACAAUUUGAUGAAGCUAAACAAACCUUUUCUGGCCUACCACUGCCGAGGGAUGUGAAAGAUAGUCCUGUUGAGAUAACCAUAAAUGCUAUAGAUCAGGGCGGCAAAAUAGCACAGGAUAUAAUCUUGAUUUAUAUAAAUUACACUGAUACCGAUUCAUUGCCGACGCAAGAAUUCAUUAUGAGAUUCGAUGUGAAUGGAAGGCGGUUUCUAAAUGAUCGUAGAAAAUUCAAAAAUCUAAUUAAAAAGCUGUCGGGUUAUUUCGGUGACAAAGAUUCAAACUAUAUCACUGUUUUGGAUGCUCGACCGGGUUCCCUGAUUGUAACAUGGACCAAUAAUAGUAUCCCUACCGAUCGCUGUGAUAAUGCGACCAUACAUGAAGUGAAACAAAAGGUUGUCGACUACAGGGGUUACAUCAACCCAAAGUUCAGCAAAUACAUGUCUCCCAAGUACAAAGUUACCAGUGUUGAGUUCCAAAUGAAAGGCGCAUGUCAAGAUGUAUCGGAACCAAGCGAAGCGGGUGGGAUGGUCGAUGUUGAUCCGUGGGCGGAAGCCAUCAUUCCGACCGUUAUCGCCGUGGCAAUUGCUAUCUUCAUAGUCGUCAUCAUAUUGUUAAUCUGCAGUCGGAAGCAGAACAAAGAAAAAAGUAAACCGAAAGAACAGCGGCAUUCAUUCGAGGACCAAGACCCCGUAAUGUUUCACAGGGAACAAGCGCAAAAGGACAAAGCGAUCCGAUCGAAACGGGCAGUGAUUCUUCCGGGAGACGGUAAACCCAAAUCAAGUGGGCGUCGCAAAUUUUCGCCACAGAUCGGUUUACCCUAUCAGCCGUCCACUUUUGACGAACAGGAGUAUCCAUCAGACGAAGAUAUUUACGGAAAUGAAAAUGCGACUUACGGCAACACAUAUUCUCAACCACCGCCCCCUUACAGACUGCCUCCCCCUUAUCACGUUGACAAUGGGUCGUCAUAUGUUUGAGGGUGUUAAUUAACUAAAAACUGUUAAUUUUUAAAUUAAUUAAACACUUCCACAUCUUGCAUU